AAAACAAACAACAAUUAACAUGCAGAGCACAUGAAACGCAUCACGCGUGUUUACUGUAACAAUGGCGGACCCGCUAAGUUUAUUACGACAAUACACUAUCAGUAAAAAAGAAAUAAUCGAACGUGGAAAUGAAAUAAUAUUCGGUGAAUUUUCAUGGCCGAAAAAUAUAAAAACUAAUUAUCUAACUUACGAGUCAGGAAAAGAAGGAACGGAAAAAAAAUAUUAUACUCUAGAAUCUCUUAUAUUUUUUUUAAAACAUGUCCAACUUACACACCCAGUAUACGUCCGUCAAGCGGCAGCAGAAAAUAUUCCAUCAGUACGUCGUCCAGAUCGGAAAGAUUUACUCGCAUAUCUCAAUGGAGAGACGACGACAUCAGCUGCAAUUGACAAAUCUACACCCCUGGAGAUUCCGAUCCAAGUAAAGAGAACUUCUGGAGUUGGUCUGGAGUCGGGUUCUCCUAAAAAGCUAAAGUUCGAAGAGGCUCAGGUGCAGCAAGUAAAGGAACAACUUGCAGCCAGACUGGAUACUCCCAAAGAAGCCUCUGUCACUGUCGACAACAUUAAGUCACUGUCAGAGGCUUUGCUACCAGAAACAAUCGCUGCCAUCAUCGUCAAACGUAUUGCUAAUAAACGUAAAACUAUCAAAGAAAAUGAUGACAUUCACAUGAACUCUUAUCUUCAAGUUAUGGUGGAUAUUGAUGUUUACAACUCAAGAGAUAUUUUGUCACGUGAAAGACAAAGGAGAACUCGUAAUGCUAUUUUGCAAAGUACUGGUAAAAUAUUUGCUAAAGAUAUUUUUAAUAUUUUACAGAAAUUAAAUUCUAAAAUUACCAGAGAUGUAGAAACUAAAGCCACAAGUCCAUUUUCUACACCACAAGUAACUCCUAUACGAUUAAUUCAACAACCUGCUAUUUACAACCGAUAUGUCCAAGAAAAAUUUGUCAAACGAGACGAUGAUACUGAAGGUUUCAAAAUAAAUACCAUGGGAACUUAUCAUAAUAUGCCCGCUAAAAUAAUCACUGAAGGUGAAGGUUCAAAACCCAGUAAAGAAUCUUUACUAAAACAAAAUUCAUCAACUUCAGUACCGGAACAGGGAGUCAAAAAAAAUAAAUCCUCGAAUAGAACUCCCAUUAUUAUUAUUCCGAAUUCAAAUUCUUCGUUGAUAACUAUGUACAAUGUCAAUGAAAUUUUUGGGCGACUAAAGUAUGUAACUAAUGAGGAACAAAAAGCUGCUGGAGUUCAAAAGAAAAACCAGAUAAUUUUCCAAAGGCCAAAGAAAGAUGGUUCAACGGUAGCAUAUCAGAUAGUUGAUAACGUUCAGAAAUUAUCAAACGCAGACUGGAACCGGGUGGUCGGUGUGUUCGUCUUGGGACCAGUUUGGCAGUUCAAAGGUUGGCCUUUUGAUGGUAACCCCGUUAACAUUUUUUCUACAAUAAAAGCUUUUCAUAUUAAAUAUGAUGACAUGAAAUUGGAUGCUAAUGUAGCUCGGUGGUCUGUUAGUGUCAUUGAGUUGAGCCGGACUAAAAGACAUUUUGAUCGCGCUGCUAUUAUUAAAUUCUGGGAGACUCUAGAUCAACACAUUGCUAAAAAUAAACCUUUUUUAAAAUUUUGAUACAAUAUAUAUUUGAUAAUUAUUAAGGUGAUCUCUCUUUACAUCUCAGCCAAAAUUAUCUCAUGAAAAAUUAUCCUUAUGUAAAAAUAUGAGAUUUUUUUGUACAAGACGUCAUUUCUAAAAUGAAACAAGGCGGAGCCGAUAAUUAAAUAUAUUGUUAAGUAGAUUAAUAUAUUUUGAUAUAAAAUAUUAUAAUACAGUUAGUAGAAGUGAGAUAUAUAAAAAUUAUAAUAAUUAUUUUUGUAUCUAAAAUAGUUAGAAAAAUUUACUUUACAGUUGACCUGUUAUUUAUGAGAAUAAAUUUGCAGUAAAUAUAAAAAAAUAUAUAUUUAUUAUUACUUUUAUUAUUUAUGUCAAAAAAAAGUUUAUAAAUUUUCUGGGCAUAGAAAAAGUUAUGACCUAUCAUAUUAAAUAUGCGUAGAAAAAAUAAACGGAUGUUUGUAAGAUGAGGUAGAAGUACGAUAUUGAUUAUUUAAAGUUUUAUAACUCAACACUGUGACGUUGACUUUUUGUAUCAAAAGUGCGAGACGUUGCACUUUUUUUUGUAAUCAUUGUAAAUUAAAAGUGCAAUAUUUCUACCACCGACAGCACUCAUUUCCAUGACACUGGCUGCCCAUUCAAUAUCAUUGACAUGGUACAGAGAAUUGUAGAGCUUGAAAUUAUUAUCAGAUUGUAUUGCUGAGUAUUUUGGGUACGCCUUCCAUUUAAUUUCUUUA